UUUCCGCUUGGCGAGGCGUCUUUCUCAGAAAGCGUCGAACAUCGUUUAAACAUGGCUGAUACUGAGACGAAGGUGAAAAUUGAAGAUACUGACCCACAAAGUGUUCAAGAUUUGACUGGAUUUGUACAAACCUUGCUUCAGCAAAUGCAAGACAAGUUUCAGCAGAUGUCAGACCAGAUCAUCACAAGAAUUGACGACAUGAGUACACGAAUCGAUGAUUUGGAGAAGAACAUUGGAGACCUGAUGAACCAAGCUGGGGUAGAUGAGCCAGAAAAAUGAGGAAUAAGUUGGGAUUACUAGGCAGCAGAUGAAGAUCGCAAAAGAAGUCAAUGUACACCAUAAACAAAUACAAAUACUGUAGCUUCAAUAACCAUAGUCAAAGCAGUAUGUUUUCAAAGCUUUGCACUUUUAAAUGUAUGCACAUAAUUAGAUUUGAACAGUGACUCUAAUUUUUUUUCCAUGGGGCUUUUUGAGUAAGUAUUGUCAUGUAAUUUGGUUAUGAUUUUCAUUGAAGACAUAAAAUAUUUACAAUAAAUGUGAUUAAUUUGAUGAGUAUAAUUUCAGCUGAUGCAUCAAUGUAUCUCCAAGUUAGAUGUUUUUCCCAGUUCCUCAAUUUUUUAAAUUAGUUUCUUUUGUCUUUCCUGUACCUAAGCACUGAGGUUAUGCAUUUUGGGAUUAUUUUUGUAACUGAAAAUAAACUGCAUAAUUACUUAAA